AUGACACUGAAGUUCUUGGAGGUAGAGAAUUUUCUCAGCCACAUUCAGGAGAUGUCACACACUUGCCUGAUUUGUGGGUACAGUUUUAAGCACAAGGCCAUUCUGGCGGCCCACCAGAAAUCCCAGAAGAAGGAGACAGAGGCUGAAAGCUGUGAGAAGGAGGGCGAUGUUGACUGGGCUGGAGACCUGCAUAACGAAGAAGCCAUCAGAUCUGGAGAGGGGGCCAACAGGGAAGGCAAGCAUAGCUCACACAGUGAUCCUGAGAGAAGGGAGAAACCCCGUGCCUGUACCGAGUAUAGGAAGAACUUCAAGGUGAAGGUGGACCUCAGCAAGCAUCUCCAGAUUCACACGGGUGAGAGACUCUUCCCCUGCACUGACUGCAGCAAGAGGUUCAUCACCAAAUCACAACUCAAGGAGCAUCAGAGGAUCCACACAGGUAAGUGGCCAUACAAGUGCCUGGAUCGUGGGAAGAACUUCACCCAGAAGCUGCAGCUCAUUGUGCACCACCAAAUCCACAGAGGUGAGAAGUCCUACAAGUGUAACAGCUGCCAGAAGAGCUUUGUGGACAAGUCACAGCUGGUGGCCCACCACCGGAUCCACACAGGUGACCGUCCCUUUAAGUAUGAAGUGUGUGACCAUCUCUUCCGCCAGAAGAUCAAGCACCAGCAGGUCCACAGCACAAGGGAGCACAGCAGGAUGCUGCCAGGGCCAUCGUGGCUGAAUCCACUCCAGUGGUGGAGAAGAUCUUUCACCGUGGCACCUGCAGGAAGGAGUUCAAGAAGAAGUCAGUGCUGGUGA